AUGGCAUUAUCACAUAAAAAUUUCGUUCUUUUGGCUCUUUUCGUAGUCUCCCUAAAGUUUUGUUAUUGUCAAAAUGAGACUAUAGAUGUUGCGGGAUGGGGGGCCGCUGGAGUUACUUGGUAUGGUGAACCUGACGGCGCCGGUAGCACUGGAGGAGCUUGUGGGUACGGUUUCGCGGUUGUUAAUCCACCGUUAUACGCCAUGGUUUCAGCCGGAGGCCCUUCACUGUUCAACAGUGGAUCAGGAUGUGGAACAUGUUAUAAGAUUGCGUGCAGCGGGAAUCCUGCAUGCUCGGGGAAACCUAUAACGGUGACGAUAACCGACGAAUGUCCCGGCGGUCCUUGCACCUCCGAACCAACCCACUUUGAUCUUAGCGGCAGAGCCAUGGGUGCCUUAGCCAGACCUGGCCAAGCCGACCGACUUCGAUCUGCUGGUGUUCUACGUGUUUACUACAAACGAGCGGCAUGUUUAUAUGGAGGAACUAAUAUAGCUUUCCGUAUGGACGCGGGAGCAAAUCCGUUUUACAUAGCAUUUCUUGUCGAGUAUGAAAAUGGUGAUGGAGACUUGGCGUCCGUUGAGAUUCAACCGGCCGGCGGGAGAUUCCUCCGCAUGCAAGAAAUGAGAUCGGCCGUAUGGAAGGUCAACUCUGGCAGUGCUCUAAGAGGUCCAUUCAACAUCAGACUUACCUCUGGUGAGUCUCAUAAAGUAGUCGUUGCUUAUAAUGUCAUUCCGGCAAACUGGAGACCCGACGUAACAUACCGUUCAAUUGUUAACUUUCAUUAG